GCCCGUGAUGCUGUUCAGUGUAUGUGUGUGUCCGUCCGCUGAUUUCAUCUCACACACGCGCUCCUCUCCUCCAUCCUUCUGGAUCUUCCUCCCGAGCGCAUCUUCCUCCGGAGCGGCGGCGGCGGGGUUUUCCGAGCCGUAAUGCAUUCAGAGAAUCCAACUUUAGGACUGAGACGCCAAAGCCAAUGAGACGCCAGUGAAACAAAGCCAGAAACGCCACAUUCAUCUACUACAAAAGCACAAUGGAAGAUCUGCCUUCUUGACGAGUCACGAUGCAUGAAUAUCCACGACUCAACAUGCUCGCCUUCCAUCAGUUGUGACUGGAGUUUGGCGGCAGCAUGCGUCCAUGGGCGGGCUCCUGGCGCUGGAUAGCGCUGGUCCUGCUGGCCUGGGGGACGUUGCUCUUCUAUAUCGGGGGACAUCUGGUGAGAGACAACGAACAUGCGCCACGCUCCAGCCGUGAGCUGGCGAAGAUCCUCACCAAGUUGGAGCGACUGAAACAGCAGAAUGAAGACCUGCGGCGCAUGGCUCAGUCACUACGGAUUCCGGAAGGACAGUCGGAUGGGCCGGUAUCAUCAGGAAGACUGCGCUCUCUCGAGGAACAGCUAAGCCGAGCCAAACAGAAGAUCCACAGUUUUCAGAGAUUAUCUGGAGAUGUUGGUCCGGGUCGAGAACAGGAGGAACUGCGGAGGAAAGUGGAGAACGGAGUGAAAGAGCUAUGGUAUUUUAUUCGCAGCGAGAUACAGAAACUGAGUCACGUCGACCCGUCGGACAGACAGAAACACUCUGAGGUGCUGCUGCAGGACCUCGGUCAUCAACAGAGGACCAUCAUGACAGACCUGCACGAUCUCAGUCAGGCAGACGGAGCAGGAGACUGGAGAGAGAAGGAGGCCAGAGAUCUCUCCAACCUGGUGCAGAAUAGGAUCUCCUACCUGCAGAACCCGCAGGACUGCAGUAAAGCCCGUAAGCUGGUGUGUAACAUCAAUAAGGGCUGUGGAUACGGCUGUCAGCUCCAUCACGUGGUUUACUGCUUCAUGAUCGCUUACGGCACGCAGAGAGUUCUGAUCCUCGAGUCCCACAACUGGCGUUACGCUCCUAAAGGCUGGGAGACGGUCUUCCGGCCCGUUAGCGACACCUGUACGGAUCGAUCCGGAGCCACGACCGGACACUGGUCAGGUGAGGCUCACGACCGGGACGUUCAGGUGGUGGAGUUGCCCAUCGUGGAUAGUCUUCACCCCAGACCUCCGUACCUCCCGCUCGCUAUCCCAGAAGACCUUGCGCCCCGACUGCAGCGUCUCCACGGUGACCCGUCCGUCUGGUGGGUGUCUCAGUUCGUCAAAUACCUGGUCCGUCCUCAGGCCUGGCUAGAGAAGGAGAUCCAGGAGACCUGUGUCAAACUGGGCUUUAAACACCCCAUCAUUGGUGUCCAUGUCAGGCGGACAGAUAAAGUUGGGACGGAGGCUGCAUUUCACCCCAUAGAGGAGUACAUGGUCCAUGUGGAGGAACAGUUCCAGUACAUGGCUCAACGCGGCCAUGUGGAUAAAAAACGAGUGUAUCUGGCCACCGAUGACCCCUCGCUGUUGCAGGAGGCAAAAACCAAGUACUCAGACUAUGAGUUCAUCAGUGAUAACUCCAUCUCUUGGUCAGCGAGUUUACAUAACCGAUACACUGAGAAUUCACUCAGAGGCGUCAUCCUGGACAUCCACUUCCUGUCCCAGACUGACUUCCUGGUUUGCACCUUCUCCUCACAGGUGUGUCGUGUUGCAUAUGAAAUCAUGCAGACUCUUCAUCCGGACGCUUCGGCUUUCUUCCGCUCUUUGGAUGACAUCUACUACUUCGGUGGGCAGAACGCACACAACCAAAUCGCCAUCUACCCGCACCAGGCGCGCACUGCAGAGGACAUCCCACUGGAGCCCGGAGACGUCAUCGGAGUGGCCGGAAACCACUGGGACGGAUACUCGAAAGGGGUCAACCGCAAACUGGGACGCACCGGCCUCUAUCCGUCCUAUAAAGUCAAAGAGAAGAUCGAGACGGUGAAGUACCCCACUUACCCCGAAGCAGACAAGCUACUGAGCUUAUAGAACAACACACAUUAAUAAUUAACGCAUGGACGGCUGAACUUGCCAUGCACUGGCUAACAAACACUCAAAGAGGCGUGUGUGUGUAUUUAUAGGAUGAACGCACCUUUUAGGUUUGUAUAAAUUGCAUAAGGAUCUCAUAAACUGCUGUGGACAUUGAGAGCUUUUCUAACGGCACUCAGAUCAGCAGAAGCAAAUGACAAAAACAUUUUUUUAAUUGUUUUAAUGUUUUUUAAAUAUUCUCUUGCCUUCUUUGUCACUUUCUCUGUCCUCAAACUGGAGUGAAUCUCACAGAGGCUGUCAAGCAUAAAUUCAGGUCACAUUUCACCCACAAAAUCAACAGAAAAAGUAAGAAAUUAUAUUUUGCAUGAAGAAAAUGGAGCCUGUUUGAAUAUUUUGCAUUGACAUUUAUUUUCAUAAAGUCAAAAAUUUCUUAUUUUAAUCUUAUUUUCAUAUUAUUUUGUAAUUUAUUUUUAAUAUAUUUAUUUAUAAUUCAUUUAUUAUUACAUUUGUGUUAGGUUUAUAUGUGAUUUAUAUUUUUAAAGUUUUUUUUUUUAUUUUUUUAUUUGUUUUAUAUUGCCUUUUACUUGACUUGAAGAAAUAAAUUACAAAUUGAAAAAAAAAUUUAGACAUUAAUGUGAAUGUGUUUAUUUAUUGUUUAUUUAUUUAUAAUUGUGUACAAAUUCAUAAUUAUGUUUUUGAUUGAUUUAUUUAUAAUUAUAUGAUAUUAUUUUUACGUUAUGGUAGUAUUUGAUACUGCUUUUGAUUUUUGCUGAUUUAAAUAAAAAAAUGUUCAUGCACAUGGCAGUAAUGCGAAUUGUAGUGAAAAUGUGCUUAAUUGUUCUUAAAAUAAUGUCAAAAUACAAAAACAUAAUAAAUGGUACUAAAUCAGGCCUCAUGCUGUUCAUGCAAAAUGUAAUUUCUUAUUACUUUCUUUUGAUUUAUUGGUGAAAUCUGAUUCUUGCUUGUCAGACUUCACUCAUCACGCUGUGCUCUUAAGUUCUUUAUCUGUCUUCAGUCUGUAUGUGUGUGUUUAUGUGUGUGUUCACAAAGAUUGUUUGUGCAAUUAUUUAUUGUGCAUCCAAAGCGGUGCCUGAAAUGAAAGGACGAAGCAUUGCAGAACUUUAAUAUAUCUAUAAAAAAGAACUAAAUAAAUAGGUGGAACUUUACAUUUUACAAGCAUUAUCAAAUUAUUCAUUGUUAGUGAACCCUAAUGCAUUUGGCAAUUUUACAAAUUAACGGAAAAAAACAUUAAUACUUUAAAGCAUUAGAUUUAUAGUAAAAUAGUAGAUGUUAUGAUUUAUAAACAUGAUCUCAUUAGAGAUUCUUAAGUAUUGUUAUGUAAAGUGCUCUAGUACAUAUUUUUUACAAUUGCACAGAUACAUAAAUUACAACAUUACACGUAAAUGUUUUCAUGCAUGAACUGAUAUAAUGUGCAUAUUGAAUGCAAUACAAGUUGCUUUGGAUAAAAAUGCAUUAAAUGCAUUUAUUUAACAUCAUUUUAGUUAAAAGGUAAAAAUUGCAAAUGUACUUUACAUACAAAUACCUAUGAAAACUAAUGAGAUCACUCUAGAUUUAAAAGUGGAAUUAAUUAAAUCAUAUAAUUUUCAUAAUCAUUUUUGUUUUAAUGUUCAUUAAGCAUCUUUUCUUUGAUAAUGAGACUAUGAACCCCAGGAAUUAAUUGUGUUUUUGAAUCAUAUGGAGAAAUGGAUGUGAUUGAAAUCUCACUGUAGGUUUAAGGCGUUUGUUGUUGUGUUUAAAAAUGAUGAAAUUCUCUUUAGAAAUGGUUCCCGAAUGAAGCUGAAGGCAAACCCAACAGUUCUUUCAGCUUUCUUUGUUGCUUUAUUUUAUUGACAUGAUUUGUCUGUUUAUUUGCUGCUUUCGACUCUGAAAUGAACUCGGAGUUUAACUUUCUUUUGUAAUGAAGACAAAUAAUGUUCACUUUGUCUGCGAGAUGUUUUUCACUUGUUUUGUUUUAGGGUUUUGUCUUAUAUAAACCCACUGAUCGAUUAAAGUGGAGAAAUCUGA